GAGAGUCCGUUGAUCAGGAUGAGCGGCAAAGAAACAUUUCCGGUGAGGAGCAUCCCAGGCAGCUACGGGCUGCCAGUGAUCGGGAACCUCAUGGACCGGCUCGACUACUUCAGGCUUGAGGGUCCCGAUAAAUUCUUCCGAAAUCGCAUGGCCAAGUAUCAGAGCACAGUAUUCAGGGCCAACGUGCCUGCUUCCGCUCCCCUCUUUGGGGGAAGUGAUCCAAAAGUCAUAGCGAUCGUCGACUCCGCCGCCUUCACCACUCUCUUUGAUGUCUCUCUGGUUGAAAAGAAAGAUGUUUUGGUGGGAGACUAUCUCCCGAGCCUCAACUACACCGGAGGUAUGCGUGUUCUCGCGUAUCUCGAUCCGUCAGAGCCGCAGCAUUCCUCCAUCAAGUCAUUCCUCAUGCACAACCUGCGUAGAAGCUCAAAGACAUGGGUACCAGAACUCCAGAGUAGCUUGGAGCCCUUAUGGAGCACACUAGAGAAGGAUGUAGAGGAUAAGGGCAAAGUUAAGGUGCUGCUCCCCUUGCAAAAGUUCCUCUUCUCCUUCCUUUCCAAGGUACUGCUGGGGGCUGACCCCGCUGUAGAUCCUGAGAUCGCCAAGAAUGGCCACUGCAUAAUCGAUAAGUGGCUCGCCUCCAUGCUCGUUCCGACAUUGGGCACUGGAGGCGUGAUCCCUUACCCUUUCGAAGAGCUAUUGCUCCACAGUUUCCCUUUUCCCUUUGCCCUUGUUCGAGGUGACUAUGAGAAGCUCCAUGGGUUCAUUCUCAACCAUGCGAAGGAGGUGUUAUCAAUCGGCAUUAACGAAUAUGGCCUCACGGAGGCCCACGCUGCACACAAUCUUCUGUAUGCUCUCGGAUUCAAUGCAUUUGGUGGCUUCUCGAUCUUCCUUCCGUCGUUGAUUUCGUACAUUGGAAAGGACCCUGGACUGCAAGAGAGGUUAUGCUCAGAGGUACGGGAUGUAAUGAACGCACAUGAGGGAAUGAGCUUCAAUGCAGUGUCAGAGAUGGAAUUGUUAAGCUCGACAGUCUACGAGGCCCUGCGUAUGAAUCCGCCUGUGCCAUUCCAGUAUGGGCGGGCACGGCGUGACUUUAAUUUGAAGUCGCACGACUGUGCUUACAGGGUACAAGCGGGGGAGCUGCUGUGUGGGUUCCAGCCUCUCGCCAUGCGAGACCCCAGGGUUUUCGAGGCGCCAGAGGAGUUUAGGGCCGACAGGUUCACCAAAGAGCGAGGGGGUGAGGCCCUAAUUCAAUACGUCUAUUGGUCGAAUGGUCCUCAAACUGCGACACCCUCGGUGGAGAACAAGCAGUGUGCGGGCAAGGACUAUGUCGUGGCCACUACACGCCUCAUUUUGGCCGACCUCUUCAUGCGAUACGACUCUUUCCAACUCGACAAGGACUCAUCAUCUACCAUAACUUCUCUAAAGAGAAGAUCUUGAGACCACUUUGGUGGCAUUCACUUGUUGCUUUUUUUAAUGUUCACUUGGGACUUUGUAGGAAUGGAAUUCUGAAGGUAAUGGAGUGGCACCCGUCACUCUAACCACCUAUGCCUACAGCUCGUUCCUACUAUGCGAUUUGAAUAAAUAUUUUUUUUUUGUUUCGUCUUUUUUUUACUUGAUUAGUUGGAUUGGCUCGCAGUCUGAAUAAUGAUGAUGAUAAUCAUCACAACCUUUUUU